AUGCUAAAGCAACUACUUCAAGGGCAAGCUGAUGGGGUAGUGGACACAAGCAAGAAGCUAGCUGAAAUAAACUCUAAGAUCGAGAACCUCAACACAAGGGUUUACUCUCUGGAGAAUCAUGCUUCUUCUGUUGCUGCUGCUACAAAGCAAGGACAACUACCUGGUAAAGCUAUUCAGAACCCCAAGGAACAGUGCAAGGUCAUCUUCACUCAAGAAGGACUUGUUGAAGAAGAGGAUCAAGAAAGGGUCAUUGAAGAUUUUUGUUUACUGCUGAAUGAUGAAGAGAUUGUUGCUGCUGAGGCUCCUGGAGUCCAGAUUGAUCAACCAGAAGUGCAUGCACCUACUGUGGCCAUUCACACUUCACCAGUUGAGCUCGCACGACAAGCUCGAUCGGCAGCUCGAUCGAGUCCAACUCUAGCUCGAUCGAGUCCGACCUCUUCUGUCCGACAGCCUGUUUUGCUUGAUCCUUAUCAACCGGUUGCCGCUUCCUCGUCUCGCCUACUUAGUCAAGGUCACAAGGAAGUGAUUCACAAGUUCAGAAGAGAUCUCAGUGGGAUUGGAAUUGAGUUGCCUCCUAUGGAUAGCAUGAGUGAGGCAUUUGAUCAAAUGCAAAUGGUCAAGGAUGUUCUAGCCAACAGUGAUAAAGUUUCAGAGGUCCUACAAGAGUCUACUCAUCAGUUCAACCUGCUUACUUCACCCACCUUCCUACCAAAGGUCAAGGAUCAAGGGAAAUUCACUCUCCCUUGCACACUUGGGCAUCUUGAGAUUGACAAUGCCUUAGUGGAUUCUGGAGCAAGCAUCAAUCUGAUCUCUCUCUCCAUGGCAGAGAAGCUAGGCAUUGCUGGAGCCUUGCAGCGCCCUACUACUUCAAUCAUGUUUGGAGAUGCAACUUCUAAGUCUCCUCUUGGAGUGUUCAAGAACUAUCACUUGAAAAUUGGAGAAUGCAUCAUCCAAACUGAUCUCACUGUGAUGGAAAUGGAAGAAGAGAAGGAUUUGCCUUGUUAUUGGGAACCCCUUUCCUUAUACCAACUCAGUUCUAAGAGUCAUGGAGCUACAAAGGUUGUGAAGGAAAGGGUUGACAAGGAACCAAGAGUUGGGAAGGAUAAGGAUGAGAGAGGACCAAGGAUUGAGAAGCCACGUCUUGAGAGGGCUAGAGUUGAGAAACCACGAUCUGAUAGGCCAAGAGCUGAGCGACUUGUUCAAGCCCCUUGUGUGCUUGAUGAAGAGAGCCUUCAAGCUUUGUUUGAUGAGCCACUAGGAAGGGCUCUAAAGAAGGGGAGGAUGCAGCCUCUAAGGCAAGACCAGGAGAUAAAAGAAAGGAUCCACCAGCUCAGGCCCCUUCAGUCAAGCCAUCUCAGCUCACAAUGA